UUUUUCCUUCCCUUUUUCUUCUUCUUUCUUUUUUGCCUUGAGGGUAAACUCAUUGCCCAUCUUUCUUUGUUCUUUUUUUUCCCUUUUUUUCUUAUUUAUUUAUUUUUGUCGAAUGCCUUCGGCUGGUGCACCGCAAUCGAUUUGCGAUCUAACCACUCGUAUCCAAGCGACGACGGGGGAUGUACCUCCUUUGUUGAUCGGUGCCACUGUUACUGUGGUUGAUAACAAUGUCUAUGUAUUUGGAGGUCGACUUCAGUCUUCUCGUCAAAUCUCCAAUCAAUUGUACGUCUUAUCGCUCGAUACGCAUGUUUGGAAAUCCGUCUCGCCCAAAGGCCUCCCCCCGCAAGCUCGUUAUUUCCAUUCCGCCAAUCACCAUGAUAACCACAUUUAUUUCCAUGGCGGGAUGACCAACAGCCAAUCAGCAGCGGCCGGGCUGAUCGCUUUGAACGACACCGUUUUACUCAAUUUGUACGAAAUGGCGUGGGAGUAUCCGGUAGAUGAAACGCAUCCUUUGCCGCAACCACGGUAUGCUCAUCUGUCCACCAUAUCUGACGGUAAACUUGUCAUCAUCGGUGGCCAAGACAUCGACAAUAAUUAUAUACCCCAAAUGAAUGUUUACGAUCGCAAACGACGAUCAUGGUACCCCGCCAUUGAUAUCCAGGCACAGGUAGGCGCUUAUCGUGCCGCAGCCGCCGCUAUUACACCAUUAGCUCCCACGCCUGCCACUUCCGCCGCCUUGGCUGACAUGCAUUUGGCUUCCAUCGGUAUCGACGACGAUAACGAUGUGCUGCCUUUAUCGCCCAUCAUCCACGUUUACUCCAACUUUAAUUUCGACGACGUUACACGACGCUUGUAUACCAUGACCGUCGACAACCGCGGCCAACUGGCCGACGUGAGCGACAUGUCCCAUCUGCUUGUCGGUUCCUCACUUCCCCCGCCUUUGCGGUUUCCCACUGCAUCCGUAUGCGGGCAGCACUUUAUGAUCUCCGGUCCUUGCUUGGUCGCGAAUCAUCAUCAGUUUCACAUUUGGGCUUUCAAUCUCGCCACCAUGGCUUGGACUCGUUUAGAUGCAGGCCCUCUUUUGACCAAAGGCUCCUGGCUUCGAGGCGCCUUUUGCGAAGCUCAAAACAAGUUUCUUGUCUUUGGUCAUCCGGAACGUUCGAUGCAAGAGGAUUAUACCCAUCGACUCGUCAGCUUUGAGCAUAUCGUGAGCGUUGACACGGAAGCCUUUGGCGUGUACCGACCCCCACCUGUUUCAUGCGAUUCGGCUGCCGAAGGCUUGGGACUCGCCAUCUUGAAUGACCCGGUUUUAUCGGAUCUGACCAUUGUCACCACCGACAAUCAAACCAUGGCGGUGAAUUCGUCCAUUCUAGCUCAACGUUGGCCAUCCAUUCGAAGUACCUUGCAACCUCUGUUGAGCCCCCAAUCACAUCAAGCUGCCAUAGGGACUUUGCGCAAACUCACUUUUCCGGACACCUAUUCUGUGCUUGUCGCUUUCCUUCAGUUUAUCUACACGAAUCAUCUACUGACGGUGCAACAGCAUCAACCUUACAUUUUAUCGCGCCUGUUACUGCUGUCGGAUCUUUUUGGGAUCUCGCGGUUGAAGGAGCUGGCCAUCCAUGCGUUGCACCAGAUGUUGAAUAUGUCGACGGCUUCCAUGAUUUACGAAACCGCCUCGCUAUCGAAUUGUGUUUCGUUGCAAAUUCGCGCCCUUCGUGUCAUGAUCAACGCCAAAAAGAUUAUGCAACGCAAACAGCAGCAACAGCAACAGCAGCAGCAGCAGCAGCAUUAUUUUCAACAACAUCAUCAUCAAGAGGACGGAGAGACUCAGUCCAUUGCACCGGCUUACCAGCCAUUAUCUCAGCUUCUCCAACAGUAUGAUCUGAAUGCGCCGACGCCCAUGACGCCAACCCAGGAACUGUUUGUUGGGAAAUCGGCCCACGGUAGUGGAGCUCGACCCACGGCUUCGUCUUCAUCACCAGUGCAUAUGCGAGUGGAAUCGCAACGAUUGGUUUCGGAAUCGACCAAAUCCAACUUUUUGUCGCGCAUCCAUUCGACCACCGCUCCUUCCACGCCCACCACCGCCGGUUCGCCUCAACCGUCCGCAUUAAACUUCUUUAUGCGAACUCCAGGUUCCUCCAAGACCCCGGCUGAGCCUGCCAAAUCAUCUCGUUCCGGUACUUUCUGGCUGUCGGGCCAUUCCAAAAAGAAGACCAUUCCACCAUCGGGACCUCAUAAAUCGCCCGAGCAUGCGGCCCGACCCAAAUGGCCACUGGGAGAAGGCCAUCGAUCGCCUACUUACCUGAUGAACGAACAUACAUAAAGAGGCGGACCUUUGUCACCUACAAAAUCUCCAUUCUUCUUUUAUUUCGUUAAUUGAACACCCAUAGAAUAUUUCACACACAGGUAUCUAAAGGUAGAAGCGUUCCCCUAGAUAAUGAUAAUAAUAAUAAAAAAAGAUUGUGGGGCCGGUUCCCAGGCAAUUCUUGGC